AUGGGAACAAAAAUACACUGUGAAAGCUACUUGCCGGAACUUUACUCCAUGAGGGAUCUUAAUGAGAAUUCUAGCAUUAGUAGUUGGCCCUUUUUUUGCGGGGAUAGGAACUUACCGAACGGGCAGCAUUGCAAUGGAUUCAUGCCAAGGGGUUCAGUGGAUGGUUAUCCAGUGCACGAAAAGGAUGCUUUGAAGCAAAAAAUGCUCGAACACGAGGCAGUAUUUAAAAAUCAGGUGUUUGAGCUCCACCGUUUGUACCAAAUCCAAAGGGACAUGAUGGAAGAAGCAAAAAAGAAAGAACCCAAUAGAAAUCGGGCUUCAAUGGAGCCCGCUGCUUCAUCGUCAAAUCUUCACAAUCCUCGAGAGGAGGCCAAAAAAUGGCACAUGGCAGGUUUUUCUCUACCGAAUUCUAGUUAUUGCAGAACAUCUAUUCCCGGGUUAGAAAUCGUCAAUUCUCCCACGAGUUGCUUGAGAAUAAACACGCCACAGCCCGGUGGUAAGCCUUUGUUUGAGAACAGGCCCACUUCGAAGGUGGACUCUGACGGGCCGAGGCCCUCGAAGGUGAGGAAGCGUUUGUUCGAUCUUCGUCUUCCGGCUGAUGAGUACAUUGAUAUUCAAGAAGGGGUGAAUUCUAAAGAGUGUAAAGAAUCUCAUGUAUUGGGUUAUAAUGUUCGGCCGGAAUGUAGUACAAAACUAUUCAUUGGUGGUAGUGGUUUUAAAGGUUCGAAUGGUUUGGCUGAUUUAAACGAGCCCAUUAUAAUCGAUGAUGAUGAUGAUGACGAUGAGGGUCCAUCAUCUGUUGAUUUUCUUGGCCAUGCUGGAACUAUCAAGGCUAAAGGGAUCGAUCGGCUUAAUGGAUUUUCGAUAAAUUCAUCUUUUGAAAGUAAAGUUGGUACAAAAGGACUGCUCUCUCAUAUAUCUGAAGCAGGAUCUUCUAGGGGUAAUAACUACUACUCGCCAGCUCAAAAUCGUCAACCGGAUAAGUUGUUUUUACCUUCCCAUCAUGGAACAAAUCGAAAUGGUUGUUAUCACAACAGGGAAGAUGUGUGGAGGAGGGAUAAGCCCCGACAGAUUCUAGAAUCUUCUAUCAGAAAUCACAACUCUUCUUCUUACUUCACCACUUCAUGGGCUCAUCCCGUCCCACAUUGGGCCAACCCAACUAGUAGCUCGGCCCAAACGUCGUCAACCGCGUUCGAAACGCGCCUUAAACCUUUGUUUUCCCAAAGAAACAAUGAAGCCGGAUCUUAUAACACGUCCACCUCAGCAUCGAAACAAGUACAAGUACACCCGCCAUUGACUGGCAUUGACUUUUUUAAUAAUGGUUCCAGAAUUUUCUCAACUGGGCCUCCUUGGGCGGGCCCGAAGAAGCCCGUGAUCGAUAUUAACUCAACACCGCAGGAUACAAAUGGAGAAAGCAAGCCUGAAGAAGACUGCCAUCUAGUUCCCUUGCCUUGGCUCAAGCCUAAGCCCAAGCCCGAGCCCGUGACAGAUUCUAAAGUUACUUCUCCGGAGGCCCACCGAGCCGUUAACAAAAUUCUCGGAAUUCCCAUUUUCGGAAAAAGCACACCUCCCGAGGUAAACAAUGUCGGUGGUAAUGAGAGGAAUAAUGGGUUGAUUGAUAUAAACAUCGCUUGUGAGCCAGACGAGCAGAUGGGCCCCGACGAGCCUGUUACUACUUCAAAAAGAGAAACUUCUUCUAAUAAGGGCGAAUUUAUCAGGGACCGAGUAAUCGACUUAAACUCGUGCCUAAGUGAUUGCGAAGAUUAUUCACCAGCACCAAAUAACGAACGAAAAACGGCCAGCGUAAAAAUAACCCUUGAAAUCGACCUUGAAGUUCCUGUUUUUCUCGAUAGCGAGGAGGAAGAUAGCUCACUACUCUCCAAGGAACAUACGCAAGAACACAAGCUGCACUCACAGCUUUUGCAGAACACCAAAAACGAGCCCGUAAAAGAUGAAAUGCUUCAAAAUGCAGCAGAAACUAUAUUUGCCAUCUCAUCAACGGGCCCACAAAACGACACACGACCGGAAGUUUCCUUGUCUGAGGCCAUAAAUUGGUUUGUGGAUGCCAUUUCAGCAUGCCCGGAUGAAAAACUGAGGACCGAACACUUCCGGGCCAAGAAAAUUGAUGAAUUUGAGGCCAUGACUUUGGAACUUGCGGAGACCAAAGAAGAGGAUUAUAUGCCGAAGCCAUUCGUGCUCGAUAUUCCGAAGAAUGAGGAAGAAAACGAGGCGAAUGCAUUAGCAAUGAGGUCGAGGAGGGGCCAGACGAGGAGGGGUAGACAGAGGAAAGAUUUUCAACGGGAUAUUCUCCCGGGCCUGACUACUUUGUCGAGAAAUGAGGUGACUGAGGAUCUUCAGAUAUUCGGUGGGCUCAUGCGGGCCACGGGCCAUUCUUGGAAUUUCGGGCUGACGAAGAGGAAUGGGGGCGGUAGGGGCAGGAGACGGGCGGCAGCAAAUGUGGCAGUCGAGACUUCUUGCUCGAGUCUGUUAAUGAAGCAAAUUGGUAAUAAUAAUAACAAUCGAGUCGUUGAGGGUGGUUUGGAGGAUCAGAGGCUGGCUGGGUGGGGGAAGACUAGGCGGCCCAGAAGGCAGAGGUGCCCGGCAGGAAAUAUUUCGACCGUCGUGCUGACGUGA